AUGGCAUUACCUGCGCUGCCAGUACACAAAACUCGAAAAAGCACAGGAAAUAUCCCAUCGCAUGCUCCAGCAAAGUCUGCACCGUCCACGCCAAGGAGUAGUGGUCUUCGAGCUCCUUCGAGUAUCUUGGCACCUCCGACCCCGCUUCCGACCACGACAUUGCCUCAUCCAAAGGGCCUUGCCGGUGUAAGCGCUGUGGGCGCUGUCAACGCAGCGGGCAAGACGCUUAGGAAAACCGUCAGCAUCAGCUCAUUUCCACAUCCCCCACGAGGCGACAGCAGGUCUAGCAGCUUGCCACCUAAUCCGCUGGCCAGCGAAAAGACUCGAUCCCGGAGAUCGAAGACGCCCAAGGAGCUGUCUCAUCUGACCUACUCUCCAUCUACCCCGAGUUUGUUGAAUGGUAGCAGAGAGGGCAGAUCCAUCAGCAACGCUCGCAUGUCGGAUGGGUUGAUGAGCAUUUCCUCGCCGCCGCAAAGCCGAAGCUCUUCCGCACAAGACUCAUACUCGACUUCUGCAACGACUUAUGAUGAACCUGGGGAAGGGUCGGCAUCAAAAGUCGAUGCAGGUGCUGCUAUUGUUGGCUCCGCUUCCGACAAACGAUCAUCCAAAUCUGACGGCAAAGGCAAUGUGGUUGUCAGUGUGAGAGUCCGUCCAGACAACGCCCUUGGCCAGUCAAACCCCGAAGGAGAGUGGAUGGUAGAUGGACGCAAGUCUCUUAUUGCGUACAAAGGAAAAGAAGGCGGUGAUUAUAUUUAUGACAAUGUCUUUACCACGCAUGACAAUAAUGCGCGUGUGUAUGACCAUAUUGCAAAGCGACUCGUCCGGAGAGUCAUGGAAGGCUACCAUGGAACAGUCUUUGCCUACGGUAUGACCGGUACGGGCAAGACCUUUUCGAUGCAAGGAACAGCGUCGUCACCAGGCGUCAUUCCCCUGGCAAUUACCGACAUCUUUUCAUACAUCCGGGAAACGCCAUCCCGAGAAUUUCUGCUACGUGUCAGCUAUCUUGAAAUUUACAACGAGAGAAUUCAUGACUUGUUAAGUAUGCCGACGGGCAGUGGUAUUGGCGGAGCUCCACAGCAGGACGAGAUUAAACUACGCGAAGACAGCAAGCGUGGCGUCUAUGCCACGCCAUUAAAGGAAGAAAUCGUCCAGAGCCCUACACAAUUGCUCCGAGUUAUUGCGCGUGGUGACCAGGCGAGACGAACUGCCAGCACACAAUUCAAUGCCCGCAGUUCGCGGAGCCACGCAGUCGUUCAGAUUGUCGUUGAAAGCCGCGAACGAAUCCCAGGUGCCGCUGCUGGCGGGAACGAAGCCAAGCGCUCAGCUAUUCUUCCUGGAGGUGUUCGUGUGUCCACUCUGAGUUUGAUUGAUCUGGCUGGUUCUGAAAAAGCAGCCGAGUCCAAGGAGCGGAGACAAGAAGGCGCCCACAUCAAUAAGAGUCUUCUCACACUGGGAACCGUCAUAUCAAAGUUAUCCGAGUGGAAGGAUAAGGAAAGCAAAGGCAGCGACAAAGAAGGCAAACACUUGCCUUACCGUGACAGCAAACUGACACGCCUCCUCCAGGGAGCCUUGUCCGGCAAUUCGUUAGUGAGCAUCCUUUGCACCAUCCAGAUUGGAGCCGCCGGAAGUACCGCGGCCGCAAACACCCACACGACCGAAACCAUCAAUACUCUGAAAUUUGCCUCGCGGGCCAAGAACAGUAUUGUUAGUCACGCCAAAAGAGCGGAAGAGGCUCUUGGUGCAGGAGGCGACGGCGGUGCAAGAGUGCUAUUGGAGCGGUAUCGCAUGGAGAUUAUGGAGCUGCGGCAGCAGCUUGAUUCACAAAAGGGCAAAAGGGGUAGCAAUGACAGCGAGGCGGACAAGGACAAGGAAAAAGACGAGGAAGCAGAAAAGGUCAGGGAAAUGGAGGCUGUCGAGAGACACGAGGAGCAAAUGCUGGAGAUGCAGCUUGCAAGAACAGCGCUGAAGGAACGAAUUGAUCAUCUCAACCGACUGAUCCUCAGCUCCAAGUCGAUCGGGGUCAAUUCCAACGGCUCAUUAAGCUCGCUUGGACAGUAUGCACGAUUCUCUCAACUCUCCCUAACGGGGUCGAUCAGAUCAUCAGUUGCCACUUCCAUUGGAUCAAAACCUCUGUUGGAGCGCACUGCGUCAAUGACGUCAGCGUCAUCCACAAUUGGGCGACGUUCUAGCGGCGGCCAAAGAAUAUCUGGCGAAUGUGAGCGAGAGGCCAUUGAUGCCGAGGACGAUAGCGUUGGGGAGUAUGGAGACGGCACGGCUUCUCUGACGGCCCAAAAUCGGGCGCUUCAGGCAGACCUAGUUGAUAAGAACCGGUACAUUGCCACUUUGGAGAAGAGACUUCUCCAAGCGAGACGGGCGAGCUCAUCGCGAACGUCUGUUGGAUUUUCCGCGCCAAGUAAGAACAUCAUGGUUGGCGAAGACCACAGCGUCGCUGCUGCCUUGAAGGAGAAGGAUGCCGAGAUUGCUGAUCUCCGCGCUCGCCUUGAUGAUAAAGACCGUAUGCUUGCCGCUCUGAGGAGUGCUGCACGCUCCCGGGACACUGCCGACGCCUCGGCCGACCCACGACCAACCCCAGUCGCGGAUCAGGUCAAGAUGACGACGCCAGGUAGCCCUACGAACAACCAAUUCCAAAGGAGGCGGACCAAGAGCGUCGAUGAGAUGAAUAGAAUGCUCGAAGAGAUGAUCCAGGACCGCGUUGAAACAGGGCAGAUCAUCCGUGGAUCUCGAGGCAGCGUGCGGUUGCCUGGUGGACAGAAGCUGGACUCACUGGCAGAGCCGCCACAUACCUUGGAACCCUUGCGACAAAGUCCAAUCCCUACGGCUUCGCCAGCCGUGUCAGCAAUCGAGUCUGUGUAA